AUGUGUUACAGAUCGUUGAUAUUACUUCAGGGUCGAAUGAGGUGGCUACAGGAGCUGGCUAUGGAAGCUGGUGGAGAGCAGACUGCCGAGGACUUGGUCAAGGGUCGAGGCAUCAGCCUUAUUCUCAAGAAAAUAGAUCUAGAUUUCAAGCUUCUCAUAGCACACAAAUUCGUUCCGCAUUCCAAGGAUCCGGCUCACCUGCUGAUGCAUGCAGUGGCAUACUCGAACACGCAAGAGAGGGUGGUAACAGAGUCCAAUGCUGUCUGUGUAUGGUACGACUACGACAACCUGAGAAAGGCGUCCCAGGGGCCGCCCUCUCACUUUGCACGAGUGAUAGAGCGCAGCAUGAAGGGUGGCGGUUCCGAGCAGCUUUUACCAUUGUCCGAGAAGGCAUCGACAUAA